AUGCUAACGCGGUCGCGCUCCAAGGCGUCCAAGCAGCCAGUCUUCAUCGACGACAAGUGGAACGACGCGUACAUCCAAACCAAGGACGAGCAGAUCGACGCCAUGCUGGCGGCCGAUUCGACGCAGCGUGGAUGGGAUGAACUGGAGGAGGAAAACUCGGAGGCGGAGGAUGCUGAUAGCGAGGAUGGGUGGCAAUCCGACUCGGAUGAGUCGGAAGACAACGACGAUGAUUGGCUAGAGAGACCCCAGCAGCUUCUCGAGUGGAGCUUCACCCAGCGGUGGGUGGCCGGUGGCGGCAUGUUGCACAAUGUGAUCUGGACUCUCGCAGUCGUGAGCGUGGCUCCUUUGCUGUUGUAUGUCUCACUGCCUCGUUGCGACCAGCAACUGUGGCCUUUGCAGAGUCCGAGACUUGCUGGUUCUCUGUCCAAGGCGCUGUUGAAUGUGUUAACGCUGGCAAUCGCGGGUAUGGCGCUGUAUGGCGUCUCCUGCACUGUGGAGCCACUGACAGCGAGCGAUGUACUGAACUGGAAAGAAUUGGAACUAGAGCCGCCUGUGCAGUGUGGAGAGAGAUUGCUGCAAGGCGGUAAGGAUCUCGUGAAGGAGGCCAUUGAAGCGCUAUCUGCUGCAUCCAACCCCGACGCUCCGUUGAGACGACUGGACGAGGAUAUUUGGACGCUCGUGAAGAGUUUAGACGCGCCUGUACUACGCGAACUGGCUGUGCUGGCUGUAGGGGCCCUAACGACUCUGACUUGCUUCCAUCGCGUGUGGGUCAAGACGUUGGUACUGCUGACUGCUGCGAGUUACGUGGCGUUUAAUGUGAUGACGGAGGUGAAGAUGCAGCAACGUGCGGCGGUUGAGAUCUUCUCGCUUGAUCCUACCUUCGCCUUUGUCAACGAGAGCAUCUUUGUGGCAAUUGACGGCCAGAACCUGGAAGAAGGCGGAUCGGUGGCCUGGGCUCCUUACUGGGGAGGUGUACAGCAACAGCAGGCUCAAUCUUGCCCUAAGCGUUUCCCACAGCAAAUCAGCAAUGGCGGCGUGCUUGUCACUUUUGGCCAAGUGAACGAAUUCGUCCCGUGCUAUCUCGGUGCGAAGGAAACUUCCUCUGCAGUUAUCGUGGACGGCGAGAUCCAGCCAUCUGAAGCUUUUCAGUGCUUUGAGAGCAUUCGACUGCGAGUAAAGGACCCAAAGAGCGUCCCUGGCUGGUCACUGCACCAGCAUCAGCAAGAAGGAGAGCCGUUCCCAACGGAGAAGCAUGAGCUGUGA